CCUUCAUCCUGUAUCUGUACACUGUGGAUGGCUUGAUUAUGAUCUUUAUAGUCUUUUUUUUGACUGGACAGCAGGCAACAAAAGCUUUUCACCAUCUCCAUACACGUGACAAUAAUAAACUAAACUAAAUCUACCCAGAGAGGGACUGGAAAAUGGGAACAUGUAAAAUGAAUAACAUAGAUUUAUUUUAUAGAGAAUCCAGAAAUAAAGAAAUAGAAAGCUAUGUUGAUGGGGUUACGGGCGAGAAGAGGUUAUGUUGAGUAAAACCACAAAUGAAAAGUUCUCUCUUGUCGACCCAAAUGAGCUGUUUGCUGUAAAUUCUAAACUUUACUUCUAAAAACUGUCAUGAAAUUGUGAUGCAAUUGACCUCACAAUCAUUUUUGAUUAGAUCUCUCUGGCAUCAUCAAUCUUCAGGCUUCCAGAUACACCAAACUAUGUUACAGAAAGCUGGAGAUAACAGAACGGGAAAUGUUGAAGAAUACCUUCAAACCGUGAAACUGUGAGAGUGACAGAAUCAAGUGGCAUCUCAAGUGACAAUGGAAGAGUACUUUGACUUUUGUGAGCUGGAUGUGGAGGCGCUGAGAGAAAGGGAUGACCAUCAUGUUCUGAGAAUGGAGAUAGAUAAUACGAUCUUCCCUCAAGCAGGUCUAUCUUCCAAUAAACUCAGCAACCUGCUUCUGAUGAUAUGGGACUUUAUCUAUGGUUCACAGAAGCACAAUAAAAUUACAAUUCUCGCCUACAAUAUGGUUAUUGUGGGAUGGGGUUAUCCUAUGUACAUCUUUAUGGUUGUCUCGAUGGGCUGGAGGGAACACUGGGGAUAUCACCUGCUCUUCAUUCUUAGUAACCUUGCCAUGUGGGCUUACUAUUUGAAUGCUUCACUCUCAGAUCCAGGCAACCUGGUACGAUACACAGAGCAGUACGACCGUGCCGUGAGACAGAUCAUUAAGAGAAAGCGAGAGUCAGACCGACUGUUGGCAAAAACUCUUUGCCACACUUGUCAGCUCACCCGACCCCUGCGAGCUCAACACUGCUGUGUUACAAAACGUUGUGUGGCGCACUUUGAUCACUACUGCUCUUUUAUUUAUAACGCCGUUGGCUACAAAAACAGAACUGUGUUCUUCAUCUUUCUGGUCCUCCUUGCACUUAAUUGCUGGAUGGCAACAUUUAUUGGAGCAGCAUGGCUUCACAAGUUUGGAUUCCACCUGCCAAUGAUGCUUGCUUUUCUCAUUCUGCUGGCCAGCGCGGUUGUUGUGUCUCUGCGAGUAUGCUUCACGUUGACCCUGGCAAUGAUGAACCUGACAGCUUACGAGGUACGGCACUGUCGUGAACUAGACUACCUGCAGAGAAGGUGCGGCAAGAUCUACAAUCCUUUCCACCAAGACGUGAAGCUCAGUCUAUUGGAGUUCUUCCACAUCAUUGACCCACUGAGUGACGGAGAGGUCCAGAAACACUUACAACAGCAACUGGUGUGACUGCUGAGAUGUCAGUCCUUUUGUUCUCUAAAAUGUACUGUUCGGUACAUUAAACCUUUCACAUACCUGGUCUUUGACACAUUCAUUUCUGCACACAAAAGGGUGGUGCGUGCAUGGAACGAGCUGCCAGAGGAGGUAGUUGAGGCAGGUACUAUCGCAAAGUUUAAGAAACAAUUAGACAGGUACAUGGAUAGGACUGGUUUGGAGGCAUAUGUUUCAGAUCCAAGCCGGUGAGACGAGUGUAGAUGGGACAUGUGGGCAAGUUGGACCAAAGAGCUGUUUUCAUGCUGCAUGACCCUGCAUAUAAUACCAAAUGGGUAUAUAACGUGCAUAGAAGCAACAUAAGUAAUUUAGCUCUGUUGUGCAAUAUGCAUGCCUAUUAACAGUUUAGUUAAAAGGUUGAGAGACCCAAUGAGAGACCCAUUUGCUUUAUUAUUCAUUUUUAAGAUCUGAUUAUUGCAAGCAUUUAUAAUCUAUCCCCAACUACCCUUGUACUCAGAUAUUGCCUCCAUUACUUUGAAAGAGGUGAGGAAUUGUAGGAUUUAAAUCAAAUAAUUUCAACAUACAGUAAACCCUGGCAAUAAUGGACCUCCAUAUAAUGGAUUUUAGUUAUAGCGGACCGAGGCUCCCAUUGCACAUCCCCCUCCACUUCCGCCAGUUACCCAGUGAGCUGGUACCAUGUGGCGGGAGCUUCCAGUUGCAGCAUGAAGGCGGCAUGAGCACCAGCCCCUCCCUGGCGCACUAUGUAUGGUGCCAGGUGCUCUGUGGAUCAAUGGCCCGUGAAUUUGUUCAACCCCCCACCAUUGCAAGUUUCUUCCCUCCUGGCUUUGGGUUAAUCUUUCCCCCCCUGUCACUCAGUUAUAGCAGACAAUCUGCAAUAACAGGCACCAUCUUCCCCCCUGUUUUACACAUAUAUGGAAUAAGCUGCCUGAGGAAAUGGUUGAGAUGGAUACAGUUAUGGCAUUUUAAAAAUGAUUGGACAGAUAUAAAUAGUCUGAAGGGAAUUGAGCCAGACACGGGCAAGUGGGGCUAGUUCCAUUGGGCAUGAUGGUUGGGCAGGAUUGGUGCUGGUGAGCAGGCUCUGGGAUCACCUGCCAUGCCCUGGGCAACACUCUGGAGGUUCAAAGGUUGGCUGUGAGAAGUGCCCACUGCGGUGCACAGAGUGUGGUGGUGUUGUGUUCAAUAAAUCACGGGAUUCAGACAACAGAGUUUGAUUCACUAUGUAAUUUAUUACACUACCAAAUAAGGCACAUGCACUCACGUAUUCCCGAAUAUCCCCAUACGCACUCGCAAACCCCGAGUAUACAUCGGAGCAUGCCGCAGGAUGUUCCUGUUCUUGAUCACCUGGCACUGUUUGCGACACGGCCCAAGGCUAGGACUCUCUCACCCGAAAGGGCGCACAACUCCAUCCUUUAUAGGCUGUGGGCCGAUGAGAUUUAUUCUACAGUUUUGUGACCCAAGUCACCAAACUACAUGAAAUUUUCACAUAUUGUGUAAAAAGUUUAUGUAAAUCACCCCUGAAACUCGUCAUGAACAAGACUCUCACAAAAUUUUAAUAA